AUGAUUUGUGUUGUGAUCUCACGUGUGCACUAUUCUGUCGAUGUGGUCAUGGGUUAUUGGAUUAGCAGCAUCAUUUUCAGCAUCUAUCAUGGGUUUUGCGAAGUUCCACAUCCACUUCGUCCUCGUAAUCGACCAUUUCGGCGGCUUUUCCUCUUUUGGACGAUGUUCGAGCUGGAACGAAAUGUGCCAGAAGGACGCCUUCCCAACAAACUGGAGUGGCCGUUUCCUUGGCCCAAGGUAUACUUCGUCGGGUAUACAGGAUUGGAAUUUCGACGAGUUAUGCGUCAGCAGCGAUGCGACGCCCCAUCAAACCCUUAUUGCACCCUUCGCUGCAAGCCUAACGAUAAGGCCCUGUCAACGAAAGAGGCUCUAUAA